GAAAAAACCCUAUUGUAAUUGUCCGUUCUUGAAAGUCCGCUUCGAUUGGAUCAAAGCGUGAUGAGGGGGUGAUAUCAUGACGCCUCUACUUCCUUUCCUCCUCUUUUCUUCCUUCUUCCUUCCGUCCUCCUCCCUCUCUCUGUAACCCAAACCUCCAUUGAUAUAAGCCCGAAGGGGUGAACCCUAGAUCUCCCAAUCUCACCCUCCACCGUUCGAUCUCUCCCUGUUCGCUUCAGUCAAUCUUCCAUUUCUGUCGUCAAACUGCCUUUCAAUCUGCUGCUUGUUUCUGCGUUUCCUCCUGGUUCUGUUGCGAUGGGCGUUGACCGGCUUAAUGCUUUCAGCCUUUGCUCGUUGUUGAAUUCGGAGAAUUGGAGGGGGUAAAUCGGUUGGGAGGGUUCGGGUGGAGGCCUCGAUUUUCUUUGGAGUUAGGGUUUUGGUUGUGAGUGUGGAUUGGGAUUUCGUUGAUGGAGCCUCGUGUGGGGAACAAGUUCCGGCUGGGUCGUAAGAUCGGUAGCGGGUCCUUUGGGGAGAUCUAUCUUGGUACUAAUAUUCAGACCAAUGAAGAGGUCGCUAUUAAGCUCGAAAAUGUUAAGACAAAGCAUCCACAAUUGCUGUAUGAAUCAAAGUUGUACAGGAUCCUCCAAGGAGGAACUGGAAUUCCAAACGUAAGAUGGUUUGGUGUUGAAGGAGACUAUAAUGUACUUGUGAUGGAUUUACUUGGACCUAGUCUUGAAGAUCUGUUCAACUUUUGCAGUAGAAAACUCUCUUUGAAAUCUGUUCUUAUGCUUGCAGAUCAAAUGAUAAAUCGAGUUGAAUUUGUUCAUGCCAAGUCAUUUCUACACCGAGACAUAAAACCAGACAAUUUCCUCAUGGGCUUGGGGAGGCGUGCUAAUCAGGUCUACAUCAUUGACUUUGGUCUGGCUAAGAAGUAUAGAGAUACUUCAACCCACCAACACAUUCCUUAUAGAGAAAAUAAGAACUUGACUGGAACUGCAAGAUAUGCAAGCAUGAAUACUCACCUUGGCAUUGAACAAAGCCGGAGAGAUGAUUUAGAGUCUCUUGGAUAUGUUCUUAUGUACUUCUUAAGAGGAAGCCUUCCAUGGCAGGGUCUGAAAGCAGGAACAAAGAAACAAAAGUAUGAAAAGAUUAGUGAAAAGAAAAUUUCCACUUCAUCAGAGGCUCUCUGUCGGGGUUAUCCCACAGAAUUUGCUUCAUACUUUCAUUACUGCCGUUCACUACGGUUUGAUGACAAGCCCGAUUAUGCUUAUCUUAAAAGAAUAUUCCGUGAUCUUUUUAUCCGUGAAGGCUUUCAGUUUGAUUAUGUGUUUGACUGGACCAUUUUGAAGUAUCAGCAAUCACAAAUUGCCACUCCUCCUCCUCGUGCUCUUGGUCCUGGUGCUGGGACAAGCUCUGGGUUGCCCCCUGCUGUUGCAAAUGUUGACAGACAGUCUGGUGGUGAAGAAGGGAGACAAGCAGGAUGGUCUUCAACAGAUCCCUCGCGUAGGAGAAUUCCUGGACCUGCUAUAAAUGCAGGAAGCUUAUCGAAGCAGAAGAGCCCAGUUGCAAAUGAUUCAGCACUGACUAAAGAUGCUAUGUUGCCUAGUUCUAUUUAUUUGGGGCGGACAGGUGGAUCUUCAAGGCGUGCUGCUGUUUCUAGCAGCCGUGAUGCAGCAAUUGUGGGCGGUGAGCCUGAUCCUUCUCGGCCUCGUGCCACAGAAGCAAGCCCAGGAGCAUUUCGCAAAGUUGGAAGUGGUCAGAGAAGUUCACCCAUUGGAUCUUCAGAGCCCAGGCGCACGUCUUCUGGCAGGAACACCUCAAACAUAAAGAAUUAUGAGUCCACCCUCAAGGGUAUUGAGUGCCUUCAUUUUGACAAUGAUGAGAGGUUGCAAUAUUAGCUGAUAGCUGCCUGCUCUCUCUCUCUCUCUCUCUCUCUCUCUCUCACGUGCUUUCCUGUCUCCUGUAAAUCAUAAACUUCUGUACAACUUUUACGCUUGGAGUGCAACUGUUUCUUUGAGUUGGUGUUUGAAGGAAGCUGUGAUUCAAACCUAUGAUCUGACGGGUUGGGAAUGGUGCUCUGUUGACUACACAAUAGAAAUUCGAAUAAUUCAGGGGAGCUGAACCCAACUGAUACCCUUGGAGGAAAGGCUAUGUCCAUACAGGUUGAGUUGUCAUCAUGGGUGUUCUAUUUUAUACUUUGUUUCGGGAUUCUCUACAUGCUAAUCUGUUACAUACAAUCUCAGAACUCUGGCACCGUUAACCCUUCAUUUGUAUUGCUUUUUCACUUUUUCCCUUCUCACGUAUACUCUAGAAAUGUUGCCUACCAGAAAAAAAGAAUAUUUAAGUUGAGAGUGAUGCACUUGAUUUCUGGAGAUUACUUGGAGCUUUAUUAAAACUGUUUAUAGCA